GAAGACACUUUAGUGAAAAUUAGAAGUUUUAUAUUUGGUAAAAAAAUCUGGGUUUCGAUCGACGAGACGACAGAUUCCGCAGGUCGUUACAUCGCAAAUGUCAUUGUAGGAACGCUCGAACUUAAUGGCCCUGGUCACGUGUUUUUAUUAAACUGUGCAGAACUAGAGAAAUCAAAUCACAUUACAAUCGCUAAAUUAUUUGAUAAUUCUAUGCAUAUAUUAUGGCCUGAAGGUGUACGACAUGAUGAUAUUUUAUUAUUUCUAAGCGACGCGGCACCAUACAUGGUUAAAGCGGGAAAAUCGCUUAAUAUAUUUUAUACGAAAAUGAUUCACGUUACAUGUAUUGUUCAUGCAUUUCAUCGAGUUGCUGAACAAAUUAGAGAGCAUUACUCAAAAGUUGAUAAAAUUAUAGCUAACGUGAAGAAAGUAUUUUGCAAGUCUCCAUGUCGCAUUAGUUGUUUUAAAGAAAAAGCACCACUCCUAUCACUCCCCCCACAACCAAUCAUAACAAGAUGGGGAACCUGGUUGAAAGCAGCUAUUUAUUAUUGCGAUAAUUACGAAUUAAUAUGAGAUAUUAUUACAUCGUUUGAUGAAAAAGAUUCUGUUAGUGUUGAAAACCCUCAAAAGUACUUAAGUGAUCCAGACGUUGCUUCAAAUUUGGUAUACAUUAAAUCAAACUUUGGAUUUUUGCCCGAUGUAAUCACUCGCCUUGAAGCAAAAAAUAUGCCUUUAUCCGAUGGAAUUAAGAUAAUAGAAAAUGCCUAUUUAAAAUUGUCUCAAACUACAGGUUCAGUGGGGAAAUUAGUGCAGCGAAAACUAGACGAUGUUUUAGCAAAAAAUAAUGGCUAUAAAACAUUAAAUAUAAUUUCAAAAAUAUUGAAUGGAGAAAUUACUUCAAUGGAUGGCUUACCAGAAGACUUGAAAGCAAAUGAAUUGUUAUUUUUUAAAUAUGCACCGCUAACUUCCGUAGAUUUAGAACGAUCUUUCUCAACAUAUAAAAUAUUGUUAGCAGAUAACCGACAUUCGUUUCAAAUUGAAAAUAUAAGGAAAUACCUUGUCGUUCAAUGUAAUAGUAAAGAUGAAGGAGAUGAAAACGACGACGAAGAAAUGUAA